AUGGAAAAACAGUCGCGCCGUUCGAACAACAGUAGUAGCACAUCGUCCGGGGCAGCUAGGAAGAACCACGAGCACGGGGGAACCAAAGGAACGGGCCUUAAAAGCGCUGACAUCGAAACGAAACAAGGUGUGGACGUAGGAUUCGGUGGUCCAGUUAAUAUCGACAUUUCGGGCAGCGGUGGCAAUUCUCCCGUCCAGCUCGAACCCAGCAGUGCCGACACGUCUGCGGGUUUGAAGUCCGAGGAUAGCUUGAGCAUAAAGUCGUCCGACUCGGUAACAACUAGCGGCGAGUACGAGAUUGUUCCGGAAGCACCCGCCUUAGGAGAGGAUCUUCCGGACGGCGAAGUAAACGGAAGAUCUCCUGGUUGUCCCGACGAGAGGGAACCGGUCCGUACCGCCGGUGAUAUUGGGGCGGAUCUAGCUGAGUGUAUCGCCGACGCCGAGGGCAAAGAGCCUGGGAACGCUGCAGGAAAGAAGCUUGACGCCAUUUCGCCGAUACUAAAUAUCGAAGGAAAUGGUAACAUAAUGGAUUUGGAGAAGAACAUGAACGAAGUCAUCCACGAGCUGGAAGAGGAACGUACUCUGAGUGGUGCUAGUGAUGCGAGCUCUUCAAACAAAGCCACACCGGUGCGGAGUCCGGAAAAACUCACCAAUAACAGCUCCAUCAACCAAAUGCAGCAUCAGAAACGAACCGAAGAAGUUGAAUCGAAAAAGCCACAGGUUCCCACGACGCUGCGUUUGGGCCCACCCGGCAUGGUGGCGAAAUUCACAGUCGGAGGAGACGGCUCGACGGACACCACACCGAAUGCGUUGCUUUCGCCCGAGGGCCCCGGCCGUGGUGUAGGUCAAUCCGUGUUCUAUGACUGUCUUGACAGCAGUCCAAUGACGGAGAAGAAGGACGAUAUGAAACCGGUAGCCGGCGGAUGUGCCGGUGAAACAGACGAAGAGCUUUCCGACAUCGACCAGGACUGUACGAUCUUCAACGGGGUCACGUACCUUGGUGCGUCGCGCAUCAACGCACCGAAGUCGGAGCGGGAAAUUUUGCAAAAAGUCACCGAAAUGAACUCUGGAGGCGGUUCCGGUGCGGGAUCCUUCCCGGAUAGCCCGCUUGGGCUGAAGGUGUCCAUCAGUGUGCCCACAUGUUCGGAGGGGCUUGUUGUGUUGUACGAUUGCGAGUCUAACGCGGUGGUGGCUACUUACGAGGUGCAGCGGAUACUGUUCUUCGCUCGUGGCCCAGUCGGAUCGUCCGAUCAGGCAUGCUUUGCUUUCACCUGGUCCCAUGGGGAAUCGCAGGAAACGGCCGUCCACCAGUGCCAUGUGUUCCGCUGUAACAUCCCGGAGGCGGUCACGCAAGUCAGCACUUGCUUUGCGAAAGCCUUUCAGCGACUGCUACCGCCGAGCAUACCAGCCAGCAUGACGACCUCGCUGGCGGAAAGCGGUAUGAAUGUGAUGCUCUGCUCGGUCACCUCAGACACCGCGGGCAACCCUAUCCAGUCAGCCAUGUACGAGUUUGCGGUGUCGCUGGAAAUCAAGGAGAAAGAACGCAACAAUAGCUAUGUAACCGUGCCACGAGAUGUAAAGUCGAGCUUUCGGUUGCGUUGCAAGACCGAUAAGGAAGUGUGCAUAACCGUUCGGCAAGUGCCGUCAGAUCGGUUCCCUUCGCUGCUGAUCGAACGGUGCUUUGGGGUGCUGCUGAGUCCGGGCAAAAUCGUGCGUCAAGCGGACAUGCAGCUGCUCGAUAUGGUCAGCAUGGGCUACGUGGUGCCGCCUGAUGGUGCUUCUCCGGCCACUGUAGGCGGAGGCAAUGGUGCUAGUGGCCCCAACGCAGCCACUAACAACGGCAACGAAGGUGCUGGAAAUGGGGCCAAUUUUUCACAAUUUCCCUACCAGGUGAAGGCCGAAUGGAAGGCGCACGCAUUCGAACCGCUCAACACGGAAACUCCCAAGAAAGCGCUCACUGUGGCCGUCGAUCUAGUCAUCAAAGGUUUCCAGGACCCGGUGCGAUUCGUAAUGGAAACGUCCGUCGCCAUACUGUCCCAAAGCGAACUGCGCAUCGUUCCGAACAUGUUCAGCAACAAGCGCCCGCUGUUGGUACAUUUCUACUUGACGUUGCGUGAAAAUGGCGAAGGCACUUGGAAGGUGGACUCGAUCGACCACUCGGACGAAGUGGUGGAGCCACAGGCCCCGUCCGCCGGGUCGUCGUUGUCGUUGAAUUUCAACUUCAAAAACUGGACCUUCCGCAACUCGGCUAGUGUACAGUCGAUGCAGGACUUCGACGAGCCUAGCCCGACAGAUUACAGCUCGGAUGGAGACGAGCCGUUGCUGAGUGGAACGGGAGAGGUGUCGAAAAAUUGCUCAGAGGAGCUGCUGGACGAAUGGAAUUGUAUCUUAAAAGAGUGGCGCCAGGAGGAGGCCGAAAAGCGACCCAAAACCCUACCGUAUCUGGUACGCAUGGGCAUUCCGGAGGCGCUGCGAGGUACGAUGUGGCAGCGGUUGGCUUGCGUGGAAAAUCGCAAAGAAAUGUUCGACUCCUACCGCGUGCUCAUUACGAAAGAAACGAAUUGCGAAACCGUCAUCCAGCGCGACAUCAACCGCACAUUCCCGGCGCACAAGUUUUUCAAGGAGAACGGCGGCACGGGCCAGGAGAACCUGUACAAGGUGUCGAAGGCGUAUGCGGUGUACGACACGGAAGUUGGAUAUUGUCAGGGGUUGAGUUUCAUUGCGGCUAGUCUGCUUCUGCACAUGCCUGAAGAGGAAGCAUUUUGUGUACUUGUCGCCCUGAUGUACAACUACGGCCUGCGAGACAUGUACAAGAUGGGUUUCGAAUCGCUUUACUUGCGGCUGUACCAACUGAAUCGCCUGAUGAAGGAUCAGCUGCCGGACCUAUACGAGCACUUCGUCCAGAUGGGAGUCGAAUCGCACAUGUUCGCUAGCCAGUGGUUCUUGACGCUCUUCACCGCCCGUUUUCCGCUGUACUUCGUGUUCUACAUCCUGGACGUGUUCCUGCUCGACGGUAUACCAGUGUUGUUUCAGGUUGCGCUGACGCUGCUUAGCGUCUGCCGCAAGGAUCUGCUCGAGCUAGACUUUGAGGGCAUACUGAAAUAUUUCCGCGUGACGUUGCCGAAGAAGUGCCGCAGCGAGUCGCAGGCCAAUAAGCUGAUGAAGCUCUCCUUCGAAUGCAAGGUAAAAAAGCUGAAGAAGUACGAACUGGAGUAUCUGGCCAAGAAAGAGGAGACCGAGCGGAAGGAACAGGAAUUAAAGCAGCACGAGUUGCGGUUCGGGGAAGAGCGAUCAAAGCUUCAACAGGAAAUCGUCACACUAAACGAAAAGCUGGACGUGAUGACGCGAGAGGAUCGAACAAAUGCUGGUAUCAUUCAGGACUACAAACGAAUCAUCCAGCGACAAGAGGCGGAAAAUGGAAAACUGCACACCAUGCUAGAAGAUCUGACGAAAACCGUUUCGACGUGCAGUAAAUGUACGUCGUGUAUACCGCAAUCUUCUCCACUGCAUAAGAGCUACGGAAAGAAUUUUCAGCAAGCGAAUACCGUCAACAACAAUAACGAACAAACGCACCCGCUUGCAGAUCAACCGGACGGCGCUUGUUCCGUCGGAACGGGUAAUAAAAGUGCGGCCACCGCCGCUGCCAUCGGUGGGUUAGGACCGCUAGAUCCGCUGCUGAUAGCGACGCAGCGAAUACGAGAACUGGAGCACCAGCUGGCACAAACCAAACUAGCCCAGGUGGAGGCGGAGUGCAAGAAUCAGGAUCUUCACCAUCAACUCAAUACGGCCAUCACCGAGCUACAGGCUAAAAGCAGCAGCUGGCAACCAUGGCUAUCCAAGACGCUCAACUCAAUACAGGAGAAAGUGGCCACCAAGCGCGACGUGAACCCUCCCGCUCCAACGUUCCAGUCCUAUGCCAUGCCAGAAGGAAACGUUAAAAAUCAGUCUCACACGCUGCCUCAUGCGCGCAACAACAACAAUAAAGCAGCGUUAGCGCAACGACACAGUCUGACGCAGGUGAACUUUUCAUCAUCCGAUCGCAGCAUGGCUACUGCCAGUGACGUGGAUGGCAACGAGGAACCAGCGGUCCUGGCUAGAGCAAAGUAUGACAGCAGCGUGAACAUACUGUACAAGGACACGCGCUGCAAUAGCUUGAAGUAGACCGUAAGAUGUGGAGCGCGAGUCUACGAGACUCAUUAUAUGUCGAUCAAGAAUCCCACACUUGUGUGGUGGUUCAAGAUGCCACAAUUUUUUAGUCCAAUCCGCCGAUGAGGUGAGGAUUAGCGUUUAAGAUCCUCAUCUACAGAAUGUAGAUGGAACGUAGAGAACCGUAAGGCCA